AUGAACUUAUCUGAUCAUGAAAGUGAAGAUGAAAAUGAAGUGAUAGAUGAACCGUUUGAUCUCGAUGAGUUGUUACCUGCAAUAGGAGAGUUUGGAUAUUACCAGAAAUUACUUUUAUGGCUUAUUUGUCUACCAGCUUGUAUACCCUGUGGAUUUUGUGCUUUUAAUCAAAUUUUUAUGGCUGAUUCACCUGAAGAAUACUGGUGCGAAGUUCCGGAAUUGAAGAACUUUACUACGGCUCCACACAGAAAGUUAUUAUCGAUUCCCUUAAUUGAGAAAAAUGGGGAACAGGUGUAUGAUAAAUGCCAACGGUAUGCUGUUGAUUGGAAUAUAAUUCUCCAAAAUAACGAUAUUGAUUCACUUGAACCAAACGAGUCGUGGCCUCUUCGAAACUGUGACAAAGGUUGGGAAUAUAAUAAAACAGAUGUGCAGUCUUCAAUUGUUAUUGAUAAUGGAUUGCCUAAUUUCUUUCUAACCGCUAGAGUAUUUUGUGUGUGUCUAUAUACAACACCAGCAACAACAACAAUGACCAACUUUUUCUUCUUUCCAUCACCUUAUCUAAUUUUAGCAUUGGAACUUGUUGGGCCAAACUAUCGUUCAUUCGUGACUGUCAUGACCUGCACAUUUUACACGUUCGGACUAAUGGGACUGGCGGUGGUGACUACAUUUGUACAUGAUUGGUUUGUGCUUAGCUUAGUCACGUCGGUGCCAUUUCUUCUAUAUUUCUUUUACAUCCUCAUAAUGCCUGAAUCACCACGAUGGCUGUUAGCCAAAGGAAAGCUUGAAGAAGCGCUGAAAAUUCUCGAAACUAUGGCUAAAGUCAACGGAAAAGAAUUUCCUGAAACUUUUCAUAGCAAACUUGAAGAGCGCGUUUUGCAAGAGAAGAACAGGAAGAAGAAGAGAAUUGAACAAAACAUUGGCGCACUAGAUUUGUGCAAAUCGCCCAACAUGAGAAUGAAAACUUUUCUCAUCACGCUUAAUUGGUUUGCAAAUGAGACAGUUUAUCUGGGUUUGAGCUACUAUGGACCAUCUUUAGGCACUAAUCCGCCGUUAAGCUUUUUUCUUUCAUCGUUAGUCGAGUUACCCAGUUAUGCUUUAUGCUGGUAUGUAAUGGAUCGUUUUGGAAGACGAUGGCCGAUGUGUCUCUUAAUGAUUUUGGGCGGCAUAAGUUGCGUAAUCACCGUUUUAUUACCGGAAAACUCUGAAACAGAAACCCUCAUCUUGUACCUGAUAUCUAAGUCAAUGAUUUGUGGAUCAUUCUUGAUAAUUUAUCCAUUUGCUGGAGAACUUUAUCCGACACAAGCACGUGGAGUGGGUAUUGGAUUUUCCAGCUAUGUCGGCGGUCUAGGCCUUAUAAUAAUACCAUUUAUCACCUAUUUGGGUAAGGAGAAUUUGAGACUGCCGCUAGUCAUUAUGGGUGGCGUUGUUAUUGCCGGUGGAUUUACUGGCUUAAGGCUACCGGAAACUCUUCAUAAUCGUUUACCUCAAACGCUUGAAGAAGGCGAAGAGUUCGGAAAGGAUUGGGAUAUUAAUGACUGUAUGCGUUGUGCUGGCGAACCGGAACUUUCAUUGAGUGGAUCGUACGAAGAUUUAGCGAGAGAUGAAGAAAAUCAAUUUGAAUUACAUCAACCAAUGUGCUUUGAAGGAAGACGAAGCGAUGAAAAAACGCCAUUUAAACGACCGUAUCGUCACACUAUGAGGAAGUUAGCACGUCAACAAAGUGUUAUGGACACACAGAAAACAGGCGACUUGGGAGCAAUGCAGUUGACUUACUGGUUCUGAACAGCCAUCGCACUAAAACUUCAUACUAAGUUACAUAAAAGAACUUUAUUUAUUCACUAAUUUACAUCAACACAAGAAAUUUGCAUUUCUCUCUUCAUUUACAUUAACUUUGAUAAGCUCAAAAAGGAAGAAAAAAAAUGGUGACACUUUGCUUCAAGCAAAUAAAUAAAAGGACGGAGAAAGAAAAAAGCGGAAAAUUAAAUCCAACAACCAUAAUUAAAUUAUUUCAAACUUCUUCAGAAUGAU